AUGUCCCUACCGACUCAUUUCAAGCUUAACACUGGCGCCCCGAUCCCCGCCGUGGGACUUGGCACAUGGAGAUCUGAACCUGGUCUGGUACGGCAGGCAGUCUCUUUCGCCCUCAAGAAUGGAUAUCGUCACAUCGAUGCAGCACUGAUAUAUGGAAACGAGCACGAAGUUGGCCAGGGCAUCAAGGACAGUGGUGUCCCCCGCGAAAACAUCUUCAUCACCAGCAAGCUAUGGAACACCCAUCAGCCCAACGUCGCAGAAGGUCUCCAGAAGACACUUGACGCUUUAGGCACGGACUACCUUGAUCUCUACCUCAUUCACUGGCCGGUCCGACUUGUUCCUAAUGAGUCGAGCGAGCUUCUGCCCGUCAAUCCAGAUGGCACACGAUCGGUCGACCGAUCCUGGGACCAGAGUGAGACCUGGCGCCAGAUGGAGGAGGUAUAUAAGUCCGGUAAAGCCAAGGCGAUUGGCGUGGCCAACUGGUCAAUCCCCUACCUGGAGGAGCUCAAAAAGAAGUGGACUGUGAUCCCAGCUGUCAAUCAAGUCGAGUUGCAUCCUUUCCUUCCUCAGCAGGCACUGAAGGAGUGGUGCGACAAGCAUGGGAUCCUCCUUGAGGCCUAUUCGCCGCUUGGCUCUGACGGCGCUCCGCUUAUGUCCGAUUCCGUUAUCCAGGGGAUCGCUAAAAAGAAUGAUGUAUCACCCGCCACGGUACUCAUCAGCUACCACGUCAACAGGGGCGUGGUUGUACUACCCAAAUCUGUUAAGGAGAAUCGAAUCGUGAGCAACAGUCAAGUCAUCCCUCUUUCCCAUGAGGACAUGGAUGUGCUCAAUGGCCUGGCUGCCCAGGGAAAGGCGAAGCGUAUCAACACACCUCUGUUUGGUUGGGAUCUUGGAUUCGAUGACUGGUACAGUCAGUAA